AUGUCAUACCAGGACUCAUUCAAGUACUAUAAUCUGCUGGAAAGUCGACAGCGAGCUGUGAUAGAGUCAGGAACAAAUGAGGAUAUGUUUAGUUACACUCUUGGACGACUCUCAAACUUGAAGAGAGUAGUCGUCAUGCCGGCUGCUCACGAAUGUCUUUUUGAGCCUCUGCACAAAACACCUAUGAUCAGAUCUUUUCCAUAUGGAUUCAUCUAUCCUGUGCCCCGAGGAUGGCCCACGCCCUUGCCUACACAUCGAUGGGCACUCGCCAUGCUUUGGUUUGGCGACGACACUGUGGAAAAAGACAAGAGCUUAUACCAUGGGUUUCAAGUCAUCACAAAGGUCCUAGCCGAAGAGAAGCACAAUGUCACGGAGUUUGUGCUUGACGACAAUCAGAUAAAUACUGGCAUUAGUCACUUCGCCCUGAAUCGAGGCACGGAAGAAUACAACAAUUUCUGCGAUAUAAUAAAGCGCCCCAGUUUCCAGAAGCUUCAAUUAUCACUUCUCGUUGGUUUCUAUCUUGGCGAAGAUUAUGAUAUAUAUGACAAUGGGGACUUCUUCCAUACUGACUUUGCCACGAACCGACGUUCUUGGACAGUCGACAUGUAUAACUACACGUCGCUAUUUGACGUCUUCCCCAUCGACCGAUGGCAGCAGCUUACGCACUUCGGGCUAUCAAAUGUACUGGUAGAGCAAACCGAUCUUAUCAAUUUCUUGCCAAAGUUGCCGCCAACCGUGCAAACUGUUGAGCUGAGCUUCCUCACUUUCAUGGAAGGUGAGGGCCACUCCAUAACCUUGAUGGAGGAUAUCCGCAAUAAGCUCGAUUGGAGGCAUCGACCUGUUGAGGGACGGAUCAAAAUCUCUGUCAAGAUCUUUUGUUAUCUGUCGUACUAUGGCCGAUACAUUUGUGCUGACAAAGAGGUCGAAGAGUUUGUCUACAAUGACGGGCGGCAGCCGUUCCAACAUAGGCAGCCCGGUAACAGCUCUGAUGUUGAUCUGGGAACCGGUGUAUUGAAAGACUUGUUCAAUCCGGCUUGGGAACGACCCAAUGGUCACCCCCCAGAGAGAAGUUUAGUAUUUCCACGACCGCAUUAA